UCUCCCUGCUGCCACCGCCGUCGCGCCGCUGCGGCUGCAAUAAGAGAAGUCCGAGACGGCUUCCUCCUCCCUGCCCAGAGGGGCGGCGGUCAGAACCCCAGUUUUCUCCCUCCACUCGUCCGCACUUGUGGCUGCUGGGAGCCCUGCUGGCUCGCCCUGAGGUUCGUCAGAAGCGGCCUCCCCAGGGACCAGGUCUCUGGCCCCUCCCAAGGACCAUGCGGCAGCCCCACUGACCAAGGAAUAAGAGCCUGAGGGCAGGGCACCUGGAAUGGGCUGUGUAUUCUGCAAGAAGUUUGAGCCGGGGCCAAAGGAGGAUGCUGGCCUGGAAAGGGACGUCAGGAGUUACGGGACUUCAGACCGCUAUGGCCCUGACCCUACUGAGGCCCGGCCUGUGUCCUCCUUUGCCCAUAUCCCCAACUACAACAAUUUCUCCCCUCAGCCCAUCAGCCCCGCCUUCCUCACUGGGGGCACCAUCGGGGGCAUAUCAGGAACUGGGGUGACCCUGUUCAUUGCCCUAUAUGACUAUGAGGCCCGGACAGAAGAUGACCUCACCUUCACCAAGGGUGAGAAGUUCCACAUCCUGAACAACACUGAGGGUGACUGGUGGGAAGCUCGGUCCCUCAGCUCCGGACAAACUGGCUACAUUCCCAGCAACUACGUGGCCCCUGUGGACUCCAUCCAGGCUGAAGAGUGGUACUUUGGAAAGAUGGGGAGGAAGGAAGCAGAGAGACAGCUGCUCUCGCCAGGCAAUCCCCGGGGAGCCUUUCUCGUUCGGGAGAGCGAGACCACCAAAGGCGCCUACUCCCUGUCCAUUCGGGAUUGGGACCAGGCCAGAGGCGAUCACGUGAAGCAUUACAAGAUCCGCAAGCUGGACACAGGUGGCUACUACAUCACCACGCGGGCCCAGUUCCAGUCGGUGCAGGAGCUGGUACAGCACUACAUUGAGGUGAACGAUGGGCUGUGCCACCUGCUCACGGCAGCCUGCACAACAAUGAAGCCACAAACUCUGGGCCUGGCCAAGGAUGCCUGGGAGAUCAGCCGAAGUUCCAUCACGCUGGACCGCUGGUUGGGCACUGGCUGCUUCGGGGAUGUGUGGCUGGGCACAUGGAACGGCAGCACGACCGUGGCAGUGAAGACGCUGAAGCCGGGCACCAUGUCCCCGAAGGCCUUCCUGGAGGAGGCGCAGGUCAUGAAGCUGCUGCGACACGACAAGUUGGUGCAGCUGUACGCUGUGGUGUCGGAGGAGCCCAUCUUCAUCGUGACGGAGUUCAUGUGCCAUGGUAGCUUGUUGGAGUUCCUCAAGGAUCGGGAGGGCCAGGAUUUGAAGCUGCCCCAGUUGGUGGACAUGGCAGCCCAGGUAGCUGCAGGUAUGGCCUACAUGGAGCGCAUGAACUACAUCCACCGAGACCUGAGGGCAGCCAACAUUCUCGUGGGGGAGCGGCUGGUAUGCAAGAUCGCUGACUUCGGCCUGGCCCGUCUCAUCGAGGAUAAUGAGUACAACCCCCGGCAAGGGACCAAGUUCCCUAUCAAGUGGACAGCCCCAGAAGCUGCCCUUUAUGGCAAAUUCACCAUCAAGUCAGAUGUGUGGUCCUUUGGGAUCCUGCUCACUGAACUCAUCAGCAAGGGCCGAGUCCCUUACCCAGGCAUGAGCAACCGGGAAGUGUUGGAACAGGUGGAGCACGGCUACCACAUGUCAUGCCCCCCAGGCUGCCCAGCAUCUCUGUACGAGGCCAUGUUGCAGACCUGGCGUCUGGACCCAGAGGAGAGACCUACCUUCGAGUACCUGCAGUCUUUCCUGGAGGACUACUUCACCUCCACAGAACCCCAGUACCAGCCUGGAGAUCAGACAUAGCCCAUUUGGGCAUCAGCAACCUCUCUGGGAGUGCCCACCAGCCUCUUCCAAUCCCCAGGGUUCUGGUCCCAAAGCCCCCAGGCUUAGAACCCUAUAUCCUAGCAUGUCAGAGCACGCCAGUUGCUUUGAUGCCAUUGAGGGCAACCCACUGAUUUUAAAGAUGGGCAAAUCGAGGCUCAGAGAUCAUUCCUCACCCACUCUGGCCCCAGGCGCCAUUUCUCUCCUUCCACCUUAGGCCCCUACAUGCCUCUACUCUUUUUGCACACACACACAAAUGCUCAGACCCUGUCUAGUUAUUUACAAAACUGCAUAUCCUGGGCUGGCCGAGUGGCUCAGUUGGUUAAGAGCUCGCUCAAGAGCGUGAGCUCUGAGUAACAGCAGUUCAAUGCC